UCAGAGAAGCAUAUAGAAAUGAGUGGGGAGAGAGAGAGGAGAUAGAGAGAGAAAAUUGAUUUUUAUUUUUAAUUAAUUUUGGGUUUUGAGAGAGCGAGGGCUGGUGCCGGGGCUUUCUUAUCUCUUAGGACUCGCUCACUGUGGGUUCGUUGGAACCCGCGCCCGUCACGAGAGUCUCUUAUUAGCUUCUGGCCUUCUGGUGAUAGAAGCGGAACAACCAAGCUAUUCACCAUAAUACGAUCAGAAUCUCCAUUUCUUCACCUAGUGAAACGGAGCAAGAGCCUCUGCGUAAUCCCUCUCGCUGUGUGGGUUUUGAAAAGAAAGCUUUUGAGAAAGACGGAAGAUGAAAAGAGAGCUCCAAGAGAGUACUAGUGGUGGUGGGGUUUAUUCAAUGGCGGAGGCGGGGAAGUGUAAGAUGUGGGACGAAGCGGAGCAGCAGGAUGCCGGAGUGGAUGAACUGUUGGCUGUGUUGGGUUACAAGGUCAGGUCGUCGGACAUGGCGGAGGUGGCACAGAAGCUGGAGCAGCUGGACAUAGUGAUGGGUAGUGCUCAGGAGGAUGGGCUUAACCAUCUGGCUUCAGAGACCGUUCAUUACAAUCCAUCUGAUCUUGCUACGUGGCUUGAGAGCAUGCUUUCUGAGCUUAACGCUCCCCCCAUUUUUGAUCCUACUCCGUCUCAGCCCUCUCUGCCUCGUGUCCUCGACGAUCCGCGGCUCGCUCCUGCUGAAUCUUCCUCCAUGGUCACCAUUGAUUUCCCCAAUUCCAGGCAGCAGCAGCAGCAGCCGAAACAACAAAUUCAUCCCCAGCAGCCUCGAAUCUACGAUGAGCCUACGGAUUACGAUCUCAGAGCAAUCCCCGGCGGUGCCAUUUGCGGCCAAGUGGAACCGGCGAGCAAACGGAUGAAACCCACAUCGACGUCGACGUCCGCAUCUUCAUCGUCGUCGCCAUCUGCCGCUCCUGCUGCUGUAGGAGUUACUAGCGGGGUCUCGACCGAGUUGGCACGGCCGGUCGUACUAGUCGACUCGCAAGAGACCGGGGUCCGACUCGUCCACACCCUGAUGGCCUGCGCCGAGGCCGUACAACAGAACAACCUGAAAAUGGCCGAAGCACUCGUCAAACAGAUUGGGUUGCUCGCCGUGUCUCAAGCAGGAGCUAUGAGAAAGGUGGCUACAUACUUCGCCGAAGCCCUAGCUCGUCGAAUUUAUCAGUUAUACCCUCAAGAUUCCCUCGAUUCGUCGUUCUCCGACAUGCUUCAGAUGCACUUCUACGAAACCUGCCCGUACUUGAAAUUCGCCCAUUUCACAGCUAAUCAAGCCAUUCUCGAGGCCUUCGCCGGAAAAAGCCGGGUGCACGUUAUAGAUUUCAGCAUGAAACAGGGGAUGCAGUGGCCGGCUUUGAUGCAGGCUCUCGCUCUUCGUCCCGGGGGCCCACCUACCUUCCGAUUAACCGGUAUCGGCCCUCCUCAACAGGACAACACCGACGCUUUACAGCAGGUGGGGUGGAAGCUAGCCCAGUUGGCGAAGAGCAUACACGUAAAAUUCGAGUACAGAGGAUUCGUUGCAAACAGCUUGGCCGACCUGGACGCAUCGAUGCUGGACCUCCGGCCGAGCGAAGACGAGGCCGUAGCGGUCAAUUCGGUGUUCGAAUUGCACCGGUUGCUGGCCCGACCGGGUGCCAUCGAAAAGGUGCUGUCGUCGAUCAAGGAGAUGAAGCCGAAGAUCGUGACCAUCGUCGAACAAGAGGCGAACCACAACGGGCCGGUCUUCUUGGACCGGUUUACGGAAGCGCUGCAUUACUACUCCACCCUGUUCGACUCGCUGGAAGGGUGUGCGAUGUCUCCGCCCAACAGUCAGGACCAGGUGAUGUCGGAGUUGUAUUUGGGGCGACAGAUCUGCAACGUGGUGGCUUGCGAAGGGGUGGACCGAGUGGAGAGGCACGAGGCCCUCACGCAGUGGCGGAAUCGGUUGGGAUCGUCCGGGUUCUCUCCGGUCCACCUAGGCUUUAACGCGUUCAAGCAAGCUAGCAUGUUGUUAGCCUUGUUUGCAGGUGGGGAUGGUUAUAGGGUGGAAGAGAACAACGGGUGUCUUAUGCUUGGUUGGCAUACUAGGCCCCUUAUCGCCACCUCCGCCUGGCAGCUUGCCUCUGAUCGCCACCUCCGCCUGGCAGCUUGCCUCUGAUCCGAAAUGAGUCAACUCAAUUCAGAUCCAUUUACCAAACUCGGUACAGCUUACUACUGUUUACUGCACCACCACGACUCGACUCCUGUAUCUGUAAUUCUGCAUGUCCAGUCCAAUCCAAUAUUCCAAUCCAUACGGGACCGAGAUUGAGCGAGUCAAGCCAAACCCAAACCCAAACCCAUUGAGUGCAGUGCUAAGUUGGCUCUGCGUGAGUGUGAGACCCACCACUGUGAGAAGUGUGUCUCCAACUUCUUUUCACCUUUUGCUCCCCAUCUCUUUUUGCCUCUCCUUUUUAUCUUCUUCUUGCCCUUUUCCCCUUUGUAAUCUCAAUGGUGGAUCAAAUGUCAAAUAUGUAUUUAUACAUAUCUUCUUGUAAUAAAAGGAGAGAGUUUUGAAUUUUUCUUAUA